AUGCAAAAUAACGAAAUGUCUGAGCUUCCUAACGGGUUUUUCGAUGGAAUGAAGGACAUCAUUAAAGUGUAAGUUUUUUUUAAUGGUCAGUGAAACGUACAAUAUUAUAUUAUAUUAUGUUUCAAGUUUCCUGCAAUACUGACUCCGCAAAUAUUUAGCUGGUUUAGGUCAGUUUAACCUACUGAAAACUUGUAGCUAUACAGAGAUUGUUGUUGAAGUUACAAUCUUUUGCAAUUAUAUGGUUUCCUUUUUCCUUUUUUGAGGCCCCAUAUAAUCACAGCCUACCUCACUUAGCUUCAAAAUCAGCGGAAAGUUUGGUGCCUCAAAGACCAUUCGAUUCACUAUCCCUAGAUUGAGCCAACAGCAACCUGGAAAAUAAAUUAUACCCCAUAUUUUGAUCAUGACCUUUCAGUGUGAGUGACAACAUAUGUUUUGCGUUUUUAUCCAUAUGUAUUUGCCCUCUACAUUAUGGAUUAUAGGAUAGUGGACACCAGUCUUAUGUGUUGUCAUCUGACAAAAGAAGACGCCCAAUGCACCGCUUUAUACGACGACAGCUUCGCCAGUUGCGAGAGCAUGUUCCGCGACUCAGCUCCACGUAAAAGUAUUUGGGCAAUCGGAAUCCUUUCUUUGCUUGGUGCUGUGUUCGUAAUUGUGUGGCGUCUAAUCUUUAAAGAGAGAAACGUAGUCCAGCUUAUCAUGUUAAUGCACUUAGCAGUUGGGGAUUGCUUGAUGGGCGUUUACUUGGUCACCUUAGGUGCCAAAGACCUGUUAUGGUCGGGAAGUUACUAUCUGCAUGACUUCCAGUGGCGAUCCGGUUUGUCGUGUCAGGUUAUAGGUGCGAUCUCAGUGCUGUCCAGUGAGGUGUCUGUAAUGGUACUGGCGCUCAUCUCUGCUGACAGGCUGAAGAACAUCGUUUUCCCAUACCGUGGCAGAGGGCUGACUCGCAGGAAGGCACACAUUCUGUGCGCGAUUAUUUGGGUCCUUAGUUUUGUCAUCGCAUUCCUUCCCCUCAGUGGCAUUGGCUACUUUUAUGACGCCCUAGAGCGCCCUGCCUACUACGGACGUUCCGUUGUGUGCCUCCCACUGCAGCUGUCCAACAGGUUUCCAGCUGGUUGGGAGUUCUCCAUCGCUAUCUUUGUCGGGUUAAACUUCCUCCUCUUCCUGUUCAUGACGGUGGCCUAUGUCGCAAUUUUCCUUAAAAGUUAUCGCUCCAGCCGUCAGCUUGCAAGGGAGGGAACCCGACGAGAGGUGCAGGCAAGAAAGAAGAACGCAAGUUCCAGAAGGGAGAGAGCAUUGGCCAAAAGAGUCUUCUUUAUCAUCCUCACAGAUUGCGCCUGUUGGAUGCCGAUAAUAGUCAUGGGCAUCAGGUCUUUGGUUGAAAAAGAUUACAGUCCCCGAGGAGAUCUUCCUGCCUGGAUCGCCGUGUUUGUGCUGCCAAUUAACUCAGCCUUGAAUCCAAUUAUCUACACCCUAUCAACCCCUCAGGUAUGUCAGGGACGUAAAUUAGUAAAGUGCAAUGACGUAUUACUCCACCGUGUUUAUGCGUUAAUUACGUAUUCUCGCGGAAUGCUUAAAAGUGGUAAUGAAAGAUAUACUUCGUAGGCUUCCUAGGAAAAAACUUUAUCGUGGAAUUAUCGUCCAGUGGGAGAAUUUGUUCAUAAAAGAAAGAAGUGGGUAGCUUAUCAAAUGUUGCGAUUGCAAAUGAACAAAUGACAUUGAAUUUCAAAAUGAUUUGUUUCACACAAAAAUUUCCCGCUCCUUGAAAAAUAUUAUUACAAAUAUCUGCCCAUGAAAUUUCUGAAAGCUACUUGAACAGUUUCUCAUAGUUCAUGUUGAGGCAUUUGAAAAUAUCAGAACUCGAUAAAUGGCCAUGCAACUUAACAGGCUGAUUCUAGCAAUCGGCUCUCCUUGUGUUUAAAUUGUAUGAUAAGCUUUAUCACUGUUUAUGAAAGUUACAUUUGUAAACUCUCUAUCAUAUUCUAUCUUAAUUUAUACAGAUUUAAUGAAAUAUUCACAUUUCAUUCCCCUAAUAGGUGCAGGGCAUAUUGCGACCUAAACUGCGAGUUUUGAUGAACCAUGUGCGCAGCUUUUUCUCUUGCUGUAAAAAACAACAAGAUCAUCAAGGUAAG